AUGAGUUCACAACCAUCCGUUCUUCUCCGUCCCGAUCAGCCACGUCACUCUAUCUACCCACGUGGACCCCUGGUCGAUGUACACGCCCACACCGGCGUAGUGGACGGAAUCACCAUAGGAAUUGUCAAGUUAGAGUUAGAACCAGCAGGCAUAGGCCGCCUUCCUUUUAUCCAAACACCCUCCCGUUAUUUCUGGCUCAUGGGUGGUGUUCUCCAGGUUAUGCCUCCAGCAUCCCAUUCACUCUACGCCACCUUCGAACCCCCGCACUUCGGCUAUCACUGCAUUCAGGCCUGGAAAAGACAUGGCGCAGUCUACGGUAACCACACAUGCGGUUGCACCUUGGAAUACGACGAUUUCUACGACGAAGACGACCACUUGGACAUAGACCGGUGCAGGGCCAGGCAGUUAGCUCAGGACGUCGCCGAGAGACUUUGGAACCUAUGUCCGGUAGAGGGGAUGACAUUCCUCGAUAGGACAAGAGCCUAG